AAUAACCUGUUAAUAGUUGACAAUUAAAUAUCGUUCAGCUUUUCUCAUAGUUUAAUAGAUAUUUUCCUUUUUAGCGAUAAUUUUAGUGGAAGGAGUUGCUUGGAUAAAACAAAUAAUUCAUUAAUAUAAAUGCUUAAAUGUAUAUAUAUUUGUUAUUUAUUUAAAGAAUGAAAAAAAUACGAGGUGUAAAAUGCUGGGCUACAUCGAUCCUGUCUAUAGCCGCCUUUUUGUUGUUAUUCAAAAUAUUCCUUGAGAAACCUCCAAUCAAAAUAAUAAUAAAUACGGGAAGCUCAGCAGAAACGGUAUUUAAGAGGAAUACUACUCUUUUCCCCAAAGAAUCCAUAGUUAAUUUGACUAAGAGUAAGAUGAUACCGAAAUGCGACGAAAAUCUCUGUAAAUUCUUAAAUUACUAUCCAUCGAUAACAGUUAAUCGAAAACCUGCAUGUAAUGGAACAUUAGAAGAUUUACUGACAGUGAUUGUCAAGACAAAAGGACGUUUAUCUUAUGUAGGAAAAUUAUUAUCAUCUCUAUUUCUAUAUUAUCCAAAUGUAAAGGUAAUUGUAAUGGAUGAGGAAAAUACAAAAUCCUCAAAUAUAGGUGAAUGGAGAAGAUUUGAAAAUUUUGAGAAUAUUUUACAUGUUAAAAUUGGUUCAGGAGUUGGAAGAGGACGUCAGCAUGGUUUAAAAUUAGUAAAAACUCCUUUUUUUUUUACAAUAGACGAUGAUAUUACACUAAUAAAGUUUUCCCAUAUCGAGAAACUAAUAAACGUUUUGUUAUAUACAAAUAUAUCUUUAUGUGGAGCCUACAUCGAACCAAAAUACAAUUAUGAUGGUCUAAUAAGAUCGUGGAAUAAUAGUGUAUACAUUUAUCCAAACUUAUAUUACGAUUCGAUACGAAAUUUCAAAAAUUGUUAUACAUUGGACUUUGUAAAAAAUGUUUUUGUUGCCAAGACAAAAGAUGUAAUAGAGGCUGGAGGAUGGGAUACAGAAAGGGACUUGUAUGAACACGAAGACUUCUUUAUAAACUUUAAAAAAUCUGGAAAGAUUGUAGCUCAAUGUUUAGAUGUAAUUGUUAAACACCAGGAUGUAGAUAGGACUUUAGCAGUAGAUAGACAAAGGAAAUUUAAAUAUUGGAAUGAAAAACUUAAAACAAAAUGGAAAAUUAAUGGAAUAUAUUUUUGCAGACCGGAGGCUUAUUGGCUAAGUUAUUUUUGCCCUGAAGAUAUGAAAAAGGGAUUACUUUAAUAAUAUGAAAUAUACGUUGUUCCUAUAUGGAGAGAGAGAGAGAGAGAGAGAAAAAAAUAAGGUUGAAACAUCUAUUUUUAUAUCAUCUGUAUUAGCUAGUUUGAUAGAGCAAAACCCUAUUAGUAGCGGAAAAGACUUAGAUAUAAAGGGAAAUUAAAACUUUUAAUCUCACUACAUGAAAGAUGGAGCCACUGUUUUACAUCAACUUUAGCGUUACCAUUUCAGUUUCGUCAGUAAGCAUGUGAAAAUUCUGUGAUCAUAUUGCAUACAAAAUUCGUUCUUAAUUUAUUUAAGUUUUCCACUAUAGUUAAUAGAUCCUUUGUUAAAUAUAUUAUAAAAAAGUAAUUUUUCAUUACUUCUAAUAAGUGCAUAACUUAAUUAGAAUGUAGGUUGUUCUAGACAGAUUGUAGCUGUUUGAGAUAAAUAACAUUUCGAAAGCAUUGCUCCAGAAUUGUGUUUGUUUCAAAAUCGAUUAAUAUUCAAGAGGCAUAAUUGAGGACAAAUAGCUACUCAAAGACAAUGCGA